AUGAGAGUCUCCCGUGUUCCAUUUCGAGCAUGCUCCAGCUCCUACCUGGACGUGACGAGCCCCGAGGUGCGCUCCUGGUGGGCGCAGCAGUUCACGCCCGACAAGUACCAGGGCUCCACGCGCCACCUGUACAUAUGGAACGACAUGAACGAGCCCAGCGUCUUCAACGGGCCGGAGAUCACCAUGCCCAAGGACGCCCUGCACUACCAGGACAGGGAGCACAGGGACAUCCACAACAUCUUUGGGUACUACUACCACCUGGCAACAGCGGAGGGCCUCAUACACAGGGGCAAGGAGGUGGGGGGACCACACAGGACAGGGCGGGACGCGCUCACAUAG